AUGAUGAUUCUUAUUACGGUGUUGGUUGGGAUUUGUAUAGCAAAAGACAUAUACAUUGUGUUCUUUGAUCAAGACCCGCACAUGGACAAGGUUAGUGCAGCUGGGAUUUAUGCGGAAAGUAUGCUUGGAAUCCAGAGUCUACUGGGGGAUGAUGAAAGCAUUGAUACGAAGAUGGUGAAUGGAUUUGUAGCGCAGAUGAACGAAUCUACUGCAGAAAAGGUGAAAAUGUAUCCAGGAGUCAAGAUGGUUGUCAGAGAUAGCGCAGUUGGUAUUAGUGAACUUAAGGUUUCUGAGGAGCCUGAUGAUGCAGAACCAAAGGAGCAAAUCAUGACACAGCGCCAUGCACCCUGGGGAUUGAUUAGGAUUGGAGGAGGAACGUCUUUGGCCAAUGGAAGCUUCUACUACCCUGCGAAUUCAGGCAGAAAGGUGGAUGUAUAUGUCCUUGACACGGGUGUUGAGACAAAUCAUCCAGAGUUUGAGGAUAGAGCAAGAUGGGGAUCUAACUUUGUGCCUGAGUCUCCUGAUGAAGACGAGCAUGGCCAUGGAACACACUGUGCAGGCAUUAUAGCGGGAAAUAACUUUGGAAUAGCAAAGAAGGCAAAUAUAAUUGGAGUUAAGGUUCUAGAUAAGAAUGGGUUUGGAAUGACUUCCAGGCUACUCCAAGGAGUAGAUUUUGUGAUCAGAGAGCAUGAGAAGAAGAAGGAUGAUGUUUACAGACAAUUGGCAGAUCAGUAUCUUGAAUCCACAGAAUCUGAUGAUUCUGGAAUCAUGGACAUAGACUUUUCAGAAAGUGUUUCGGACCUCAGGAGCAUUAAGGUUCCAAAACCAUCUUUGAGCCAGCUAAUAGACAUGGCAUCGAAUGAAUCACUGGUGCCAAAGACAGUGGUCAACCUGAGUGUUGGAGGAUCAAGGAAUGCAGCAUUGAACUUUGCAGUUGAGUAUGCAUCAAAGCUUGGCAUACAUUUCUCAACAGCUGCAGGAAACGAGCACGAGGAUGCAUGUGAAUUUUCACCAGGAUCUUCUAAGGCAAGUAUCACUACCGGUGCAUCCACAUUCAGAGACACUGUUGCAUUCUUCAGCAAUUUUGGAAAAUGUGUAAAUAUCUUUGCGCCAGGUGUUGACAUCCUGAGCUCUUGGAUCGGUGGCAAACAAAAGAUUGCAUCAGGUACAUCUAUGGCCACUCCACACACAACAGGAGCAAUGGCUACAUACUUGACAUACUACAACUAUACUCCACAUGCCCUGAAGCAACAUCUCAUGAGAGAUGCGCACAAUGUAAUAGACAGCACUGUUGAGGAUGAAUACAUACCUCCAGUGUCAGGAUCACUCCAUCUACCUUCAUUCCUGAGUCCAAAGAAGAAGCUGCCGAUGCUAUCGAUUGUGAACCUACUCAGGAGAAUCAGCAAGCAAUAA